AUGGUCUCCAAGAUCCUUUGCGUGGCAGAGAAGCCUUCUAUUGCCAAGGCCGUUGCAAACCAUCUCUCAGGAGGCCAAGUUCAAGUACGCAACUCCGGCAACCAAUACAUCAAGAACUACUGUUUUGAUUUCAACUUUGGAGGACGAUGGGGCAAUUGCAAUGUGGUUAUGACAUCUGUCGUAGGCCAUCUGACCGGUGCCGACUUUGACCAGGAGCAUAGACAGGACUGGAACUAUCCUCCCGCUGAAGCUCUCUUUUCAGCCCCUGUUUUCACCACAGUUGACAAAGAUAAAGUAGAGAUUGCAGCCAACAUCAAAAAGGAAGCGAGGGGUGCUCGUGCCCUUUUCAUUUGGACAGACUGUGAUCGAGAAGGAGAGCACAUCGGCGCCGAAGCACGGUCUCAAGCUUUAGAAGGAAAUGCCAAUAUUCAAGUCAAGAGAGCUCGGUUCAGCAACAUCGAGAGAGCUCAUGUCAUCACCGCCGCCAAGAAUCCUAUUGAUCUCGACGAUCGCCUGGUAGAUGCUGUGUCAGCCCGCAUUGAGCUCGAUUUAAGAAUUGGCUCUGCCUUUACACGAAUGACGACCCUUGCUGUUCGGUCUCUGGGUGGUACUCUGGCCGUUGACGAAAAGGGAAAAAGGAGAAUUGUGAGCUACGGGCCCUGUCAGUUUCCAACUCUGGGAUUUGUAGUCGACCGCUAUUUCAGAGUAGUCAAUUUUAUCCCAGAGCCAUUCUGGGGCAUUAGUGUCAACCAUAGACGGGACAACAUCGAUGUUCAUUUCUCUUGGAAACAGGUGCAUCUUUUCGAUCGUGCAAUAGUGACCAUUCUGUUCGAAAGGUGCAUUGCAGCGAAGGUAGCGAAAGUUAUCAAGGUUCAAGAAAAGCCGACGAAGAAAUGGAAACCUCUGCCCCUAACUACAGUUGAACUCCAGAAGAACGCCAGUCGGUUUUUGAGGAUGGAUAGUCAACGUGCAAUGAAGAUUGCGGAAGAUCUCUACAACAAAGGGUUUAUCAGCUAUCCUAGAACCGAGACUGAUCGGUUCGACAAGGGCAUGAAUCUCCGAGCUUUAGUUGAGAAGCAGACCCAUGACGGUCGAUGGGGACCAUUUGCUCAAAAUUUGGUCAAUGGGGGAUUUCAGCAACCACGAGAGGGAAGAAACGACGAUAAAGCCCAUCCACCAAUUCACCCUGUUACGUAUUGCGCUCCUACUGCACUGAGUGCCGACGAAGGAAAAGUCUACGAAUUUGUCACUCGCCGAUUCCUAGCCUGCUGCUCAGAAGAUGCCAAAGGCCAACAGACCGUCGUUGAACUCGAAUACGGGAGCGAGAUCUUCAGCGCUCACGGGUUGAUCGUUCUAGAGAGAAACUAUUUAGAUGUGUAUCCCUACGAUAAAUGGACCAGCAGCACAAUCCUACCGAGAUUCACACUUGGAGAGAGAUUUGAACCGACGGAGGCUUUGAUGACGGAGGGAAAAACAGGACCGCCUUCAUAUCUUACAGAACCUGAUCUUAUCGCUUUGAUGGAUGCGAAUGGCAUAGGUACGGACGCUACAAUGGCUGAACAUAUCGCCAAAAUCCAGGAACGAAAUUAUGCCUUCACGAGACCUGUCGGAGGCGGCAGAGGCGGAAACGCAAUGGUGGAAUUCAUACCCUCCACUCUUGGUGUGGCAUUGGUGACGGGCUACGAUCAAAUGGGUUUCGACACCAGUCUUAGCAAACCAUUUCUACGGAAAGAAAUGGAGUCACAGAUGAAAGAUAUCUGUGAGGGCCGAAUAACGCGACAACAUAUGAUGCAGAAUAAUAUUAGGCAGUACAAGCGAGUGUUUGUUCAAUCUACGGAGAGGCUGGAUGUUUUGAGAGCGGCAUGUAGGAGAUAUGUUCAGGGUAUCGGCGCAUGA